GCCCUCUGCGUCCAUCCGUCGCUCGCAGGCGGUCUUCAGCUGGGCUCCGACCCUGGUCAGGCCCCGAGCCGCAGCACAGGGAUUUGGCGAUCGAGAGUUUGUACGAUCAUAGAACGACGUCCGGAACACUCGAAAGGACGAUUGUAUAAAUAUACUGUAGGCUUCUGCGUCCCGGGCAGAAGUCAGUUCACUCAUCUUCCUGGAGUUGAAGGGAUUUACCUCAGCGGUCGACAUACCGAAGUGGACUUUGAAAGUGGCGAAGAAGACAGUACAGGUACUCUACACACUGACACUGUCUUGCACUGAUCUGCAGCCUGGCAGGAUGGUGUUGGACAACCGUCAUGUUCUCAUUGGUAUGCUACUUGCACUACUGGUGACAGAAGGGAGCAGUCAACUUGGUAGCGGCGGUGAAAAAGAUCUUCCUUUUGUGACGGAGGGAUAAAAUGAGUGUUUUAACCCGCCGAACAUCACGGACGGUAGCAGAGCCUGGACAGGACACAAUCCAGGAGACACGGCUACGUACGUUUGUGACGCAGAUUUUGUGCUGGAAGGUGCAAAUCCUCUAUCCUGCCGUGACGGCACGUUUGAUUGGUCUCCCCAAGCACCGGUUUGCAGGCCUCGGACCUGUCCUCCACCGCCUUCAACCCGGAACGGUGUGGUCACAACAACAGGACUGACGAUUGGAUCUAUUGCAACAUGGACAUGUAGAAACCCUUAUGUUUUGGUCGGAGAUGAAGAUGCUGUAUGCCUGCCCGGUGGUGUGUGGUCCAGAGAUCCACCAACGUGUGAAGUCCCAUGUUACGCACCUCUGCCCAGGAAUUUCUACGAGCAAUCUCGAGUCGUCACUUCAAGCAUCCCAGUACCUCACUGUGGACUGUCUGCAGCUGAUAUUAUUGUUGUCGUCGAUGAGUCAGAGAGUAUGGUGGAGAGGAAAGAUUGGCUUCACCAAGUCAUGAGAAAUCUUGACGAUUCUCUAAAAUCACGUGGAAUUGGACUGUACCCCGGCAUCGCUAACCAAUACACACUGGUCGGCUACGGCCAGUUCCAUUUCCCUGAUGACACACGCCCUAUUGCCAUGCCACGGGUGAUCCUGGACUCAAGUGGAAACCGAUUGUAUGGAGUGGACGGCUUUGAACAAGCCUGUGCGAAGCUGCAGUCCACCGGGUCCUGGGAGGAUGGUUACAAUUCCAUCAGGUUUGCCCUGGAGGAUAUUCCGGAGCUGCGUUUGCGCCAAGCUAGAGUUGCCCCAAUCGUCAUUCUGGUCACUGAUGAGGAUAGAGAUCGUCACAGAGAUGCUACUUCUCUGACAAGAAGCGGCAUAAAGAAACUCAUUCGAAAAAGUGGAGCACAGUUGGAGUGUAUUGUGGACAACUCUUUCCUGAUGAAUGGCCGUGAAGGAUAUGGCAUGGAUGCUGGCGGUAUGGUUUACAGAAGUGGCCCUGACCCGAACACAUAUGAGAAGGUUCCUGUGACUGGCAAUCCUCGUAGUGUGACUGGCUAUCGCCAUGCCAACGUUCGCCGGGAUUACACUCAUGUCGCUUUGGAGCUUGGUGGUGCUGCAUGGGACCUGAAACAGCUGCUCCAGGCCAAUACCAAAGAUGUUGCUUCGGUGCAAGCAUUCGUUGACCGGACAGUGGACAUGGUGGAGCAUCGUGUUCACAAGUGUUGCACAUGCCAGUGUGAGCGCAUCGGUAUAGCAUCGUAUCUGAGGUGCCAGAAUGCUGCAACAGCUGCAGAGUGUACUCAGGGACGCAUUCCAAACGUCUUCCGCAGGAAUCGGGUUCCAUGAUCCAGACUGAUCAUCAGCCACGCUUUCCACCCCUGCAUUUUGGGCUUGUCUAGUCACAUGCAGCUGUUUUUACACAUUCUCAAUUUACUUAUACUCCUCAAAUUACCCCACUGUAUCUUGCAGUACUGUGAACCAUCAUUUUGAAGAUUGCUGCACGCAUGGCCAAAGCCGCUAAUGUCGUAUACUCGUUGAUUGGCGGUGUUGACGAGAACAUGCGGUACUGGAACUGGCCGGUUUGUCCGCCGGUAGAAGUA